CGUUCCUGCAGCAGCUCGGCGCCCGUCAGCUGCCCUGUCAGGGACAUGUUGGACAUGGCAGGACGAAGACCUUCGGGUGUGUUUGUCCUGCACAUCGCAUACCUUCUCUGUGGGAUUUCCCUUUGCUUGCCCGCCGCCAAAGUACCGGACUACGAGGUGGACGGUGGACGGGACCUUGACAUUUUUGACAUCAAUGAAGCGGCCGGCUUGGAUCUGGUGGAGGGGGACAUUGUGCUCGAUGAGCGGCAAACUCGUAACUCCAUAAUAGGGGAUGAGUACAGGUGGCCGAAGACGAUCCCGUACUACAUGGAGGAGGACUUGGAGAUCAAUGCAAAAGGUGUGAUCCUGAAGGCCUUCGAGCAGUACCGGCUCAAGACCUGCAUCGACUUCAAGCCUUGGAGCGGAGAAGCAAACUACAUUUCCAUCUUUAAAGGGAGCGGCUGUUUCUCCUCCGUGGGAAACCGGCACGUUGGGAAGCAGAGAUUGUCAAUAGGGACCAACUGUGACCGCAUUGCCACCAUCGAACACGAGUUCCUUCACGCUCUGGGUUUCUGGCAUGAACAGUCCCGGGCCGACCGGGACGACUACGUUAACAUCAUGUGGGACCGAAUCUCAGACGGUAAAGAACACAACUUUAACACGUACGACGACAGCACCUCCAGCUCUUUGGGCGUUGCCUACGACUACGGAUCCAUGAUGCACUACAGUAAAAACGCCUUCCGCAACGGCACGGAGCCCACCAUCGUCACCAAAAUCCCUGCGUUCAGUGAGGUCAUUGGCCAGCGGAUGGAGUUCAGCGACAGCGACCUGCUCAAGCUGCACCGCCUCUACAACUGCACUCAGGGCUCCACCUUUCUGGACUCGUGCGACUUUGAACGCGAGAACGUCUGUGGAAUGGUCCAGGGGCAAGAAGACAUGGCAGACUGGGUGCGGGUUACCAAGGCCGACGGGGGUCCCGACACCGACUACUCCAACGUGGGCAAAUGCACAGGGUCGGGGUAUUUCAUGCACUUCAACGCCAGCGCCGCCAGCGUCGGGGACGCCGCCGUGCUGGAGAGCCGGCUCCUUUACCCCAAGAGAGGAUACCAGUGUCUGCAGUUCUUCUACUACCACAGCGCCGGAGCCAACGCCGCGCUGAGGAUCCACGUUAGAGAAUACGACGAAGCGAACCCCGAUGGGAAAGUGCGCCUUGUAAAGAUCAUAGAGGGACCCCCUGCGGAGCAGUGGCAACUGCACCACGUGAGUCUGGACGUCAAGACGAAAUUCCGUGUGGUUUUCCAGGGGACCAAAGAGGCUUCUGGGCCCUCGACGGGCGGCCUGUCGCUGGAUGACAUCAACCUUUCUGAGAACACCUGCCCGGAGUUUAUAUGGCGGGUGAAGAACUUCAGUCAGGUCAUGGAAAGCACAGCAGCAAACACGUCAAUCUUCAGCCCCCCGUUCACCUCUAAGGAGGGCUACACCUUCCAGAUGGAGCUGUACCCCAGCGGGAAGGCGGGCUACCCCGGCGAGCUGUCGGCCUACGCUCACCUGGUGUCUCGGGAAGGGGACACGGGACAAACGUGGCCUUGCCCCUGGAAACAAAUGACCAUGACGCUGAUGGACCAACACCCACACAUUCAAAAGCGCAUGUCCAACCAGCGCAGCGUCACCACCGACCCCGACAUGAAGGCAACAGGCUCGGACCGUUACUUCUGGGACGACCCUCGCCUGGUGGGCGUUGAGGUCACGCAUACGGAUGGGUCAAAGUAUUUCCGAGGGCCGGGCGCCGGCACCGCCGUGUAUCUCACCCACCUCAGAGCCAAGAGCAGGGAUUUCAUAAAGGGAGGAGACGCCAUCUUCCUCCUCACCAUGGAGGACGUGUCUCACCUGACGGCGGUUCAGCCGUUACCUUCUACGACGCAGCAACCGGCCACCUCCGGCCCCCCCGAGAUCUGCCUCAACGUGCAGUGUCUCAAUGACGGCGUCUGCGUGGAGGACGAGGGGACGGCGGCUUGCAGGUGCUUGGUGGGAGACGACUGGUGGUUCUAUGGGAACAGCUGUCAGUACAAGGGCUCCACCAUGGAUAAAACCACCCUUGCACUUGCCUCUUCUCUGUCCGUACUUGGAGCGAUGCUGGUGAUUACAGUGGUCAGUGUCAUCUGCAUGAAGAAGAAAUAUAAGCGGCGCAGUGCGGUGAGCAGCGUGGUCAUGGGAAACAUGAGCGCCACUCAGAAACCGUAGUGGACAACCUUGAUCUUUCCAAUGAACUGAAUCUUAUGUAGGAAAUUACUCUCUUUUUUUAGUUUAGUGAUGACAAUGAAUAUCUUUUAAAGCAGACGUGGGAUUUAAAGAUUUAAGGUGUUUAAUGCAGGUGCUCAUCGCCUCCUUCUGGUCAAUCAGUGUAAACACACUAGAAGAAGAAGAAUAUCGAUGUAAAUAAAAUCUCUAAAAGUCUUA